GGAUUUCCAGGUGACGCGAUUGUUGAUGAGUUGGAAGGAGACGUGAGGAGCGGCGGAAUCGCACUUACUGAUCACUUAGCGACUGGCGGAGGUGGGGGACGUUCAAGGCUGGUGCCCCCGAUUUCCUGAUCAGUGAUUGUCAGACCUGGGGCCCAUUCCAUCUCGUCUUGUUAUUAUUCGGCCCCAGAGAAAGUGAUUCCAGUCAGGGGGAGACUGAACUCGUCGUUCCCUUUGUCUCUGCUCAGAUGUCACUGCUGGGGGACAUUACAGACAUGGAGACUCAUCUCCUGGACUUCCUGCUGGAGGGAACACUUCCUACUGACUCCUGGGGGGCCCCUGACUCCUGCACCCUGGAUUCUGAGAUGCUGAGUGACCCCACAGUGGAGGAUUUCCUGAGUGAGCUCCUCGGGGGAUGUGACGACUCCAACCUGAGCACUUCCCCUCCCCUGAGUGACAGCGGAAUCUCUGAUAUUGCCUACUCCUCACCUGUAACCUGUGAUGUGUCCCCUGGGGUCUGGGACCCCUCUCCCCCCGGCAGCCCAAACGUUAUACAGAGUGAGCACAACUACUCCCUGCAACACGACUACUCCCUGCAGCAAGACGAUUCAGGGGACCUCCUGCAAAGUGUGCGCUCCGACAUCUGCGAGGGGGAUAUUUUCAUCGAUCUCGAUUUCUGUGCUGACUCAGAGCCAAGGGAGCUGAUUAGUGUGAGCAUGGAGGAGGAGGAGGAGGAGGAGAGUGAAGAAUGUGACAGUCAGUUCCAGGGACAGCCGGAUCUCCGACUGACUGAGGAAGAGUCUCGUCUCCUGGGAAAGGAAGGAAUAGUUUUACCCCAACACCUGCCCCUCACAAAGAAUGAGGAGCGGGCGCUGAAACGUGUGCGCAGGAAAAUCCGCAACAAGCGUUCUGCCCAGGAGAGUCGCAAGAAGAAGAAGGAGUAUGUGGACGGGCUGGAGAACAGGGUCACUGCCUGUACCACCCAAAACCACUUGCUACAGAAUCAGGUUCAGCAGCUGCAGAAACAGAAUCGGACGUUGCUGCAGCAGCUCCGGAGCCUCCAGACUUUACUGAGACAGACGGGAGUGAAGACUACAACAUCCAGCACCUGUGUCAUGGUUCUGCUCCUGUCCUUCAGCCUCAUCCUCUUCCCCAGUUUGUACCCAUUUGGCAAAGGAGCCCCCCAGGACGGCCGGCACACGGUCCUAUCCCGGCAGUUGCGGGAGCUCCCAGGCCUCUCACAAGUGCCACAUGUGGGUGUUGGGCAGAACGGGGGUGUCGAUGUCCCACUGGGGAAACAAGAGGAGAAUCUGCUGGACUUGCACCUUGAUCCUGUGCUGCAGGGGGCCCAAAAUGACACCCCAGAAGUGCAGGACGUGGGCACGGCAGAAUCCAAACCUACUGGCAACACGAACUCUUCAUUUGAUCUCCCGGGAGACAGUGAGCCUGGCAUCAACAUACAAUCUGGCUCCUCCUCCAACCCUGCCCCCGAUGUCCCUGAUGCCCGAUAUGUCAUGCAGGAGAAGCACGAUUGGCUGGAAAGGACUCGCAGUGUGGUGAUCACUCCCCUGCACUCUGAUGAGAUGUAACCCAGGCAAUACUGCAGCCCAUUGUGCUAUCACUGGUGCAGUUUAGCCAAUAAGGAAUUAUGUGCUGAGGGUUGUGGCACUGCCCGUCCAUUGUGCUAUCACUGGUGCAGGUUGCCCCUGUAUAUCAUAUGCUGCCCGUGAGAGCACUGCCUGCCUCAGCCUGGUGCAUUGUGGGCCUACAAAUAAUUCAGGGUCAGUGAGCUGCUUGUUUUGCCCAUAGUGACAUCCCUACUGUAGUGUCCCAUUGUAUAUCCCCAUUGUAUAUGAUUACGUGGGUUAUACCCCUGCCUGGCGCUACCCACUGUGCUGUCUGUGGCCCCUGUAAAUCAGCGGAUUGUAUGGGUUACGCUGUUGAUUGCCCAUUGUGAUAUCCCUGGUGCAUGUAAAUUGCUAUGAUCUGAGGCAACAUCAUUAUAUUCUGAUAAUCUGCACUUACCCCAGCGCCAUGGAACCUGACCUGCCCCUCCCCCGCACUCUGGGCUCCUGUGUUUACCUCCGUUAGUUUAGAAUUUGGGAACAAUUGGGGGAGGUUUGAGUUCUCUUACUGGAAUGGGUGGUCCCAGGACUGGUGCCGCUUUGCACUUUGAUGUAAAUAUAUAUAUAUAUAUGUGUGUAAUAUAUUCAUUGUCCUUCUCUGGUUCUGGCACUGUAAUGGGGGGGAACAUGGGUUCUGGGGGGGGUGUCGGUAACUGAUGGGCGGAGCUGAAAUCAGAAAUCCUUCUGAUUGGCCACUUUUCCAUGUUACUGUGAUGUAACACAAUGUAUAGGGAGAGAUAGAUCUGCCACUUGGGGCCCCUAAACCCACAUCGUACACUUUUAUUUAAAUCAAGUAAAAGAGGGAUGGUCCUUUUAAUCAGUGUUACAGAUAAGGAGACACCCGAUUGGUUUAGCCCAGACAAACUGGCGAUUUUGCUCCUCCCCUUUACCCACAGUGCUGCGGUGGGAUCUCUAUGUAUAUUAUAUAUUGAGCUGGAAAUAGAAGCCUUGUGGCCCCUGCCUGUGAUUGGAGGGUCCUGAUCUGUUAUUGGGGGAGUAAAUACGGGGUCUGAUCAUUUACUUGCGUUGUCAUGGAAACGCCCUCUUCUCUGGUGCAAUGUCUGCCCCUCGGCUCCCAGAAUCCCCUCUGGCUGAAUUCUCCUAUAUAAGGUGAGAGCUGAGUAACCACACCCACUGGAUUUCAUUGGCUGAUGUUAAAGACUAGAUUUCUAUGUAUAAAUAAUAAACUGAUACUAAGGUGA